AUGGCCCCGUCUGCUGUCCUCCUCCGGCGCUUCAUCUCCUGUGGCAGCAGCAGCAGCUGCUGCAGCGCGGCGGGAGUAGCUCCUGCGGCCGUCUCUGUUGAUGCGACCCGUAAGAAGACCCGCCUCGUCUUCAUGGGUUCUCCACAGGUCAGUUAAUCGCCUCUUCACUUCGUUUCUCGCAGGCAUUGACUUUUUUAUUACGUGCUGCAGGUUUCUGCAUUGGUCCUCGAGAAGCUUUCCAAAGUGUCCGAGGCUCCAGACUCCACAUUUGAGGUGUGUUUGCUACGCCCCGACUCCGGAAAACUGUGACCAUUUACAUUUUUUGCUUACUAGACGAAUCGCGUAGUGGGAUUAUUUGCUCCAUUGAAUCGCAUUAGAGAGGAGAAGUACACCAAUACCCACGAAUAUUGUUAGACGAUCAAUCUGCAUCUUCUAGCCUCUCCUUCUCUGCUGAAAUGGGCCACUUGGAAUACCAAUUGAUUCGCUUUUUGUACAUUUCUUUGAUUUAUCAUACUGGGAUUUUAGUCUUGUUGUCGUUGACCUUUUGAAAAAAAUUGCCAACUUUGUACUUCGGCGUGAAGUUAAUUCUAUUGGAGAGAUAUCUAUCCGAUUCUUGAUGAUUUUAAUUGUUUUUAAUAUCUCACCUGUUUUCGGAUAUUGUGAUUCAUGUUAAGUCUAGGUUUAAGUCGUUAGAUUCUUUUAUGAACGAUGGUCGGUAUCUAUGAUAUUGAUUUGUGUAAUUUUGGAUUGUGGCUUGAGUUUAUUUUUAUUCUCUCUUUACAUGUGGUCAGGGUCACAUUAGCUCUACUCUAUACCUAUUAGAAGGGGUCAGAUUAUGGAGAGAUAAAGGCAAAUACAUGUUCUAGAAGUUUGUCUCUGUCAUCCCCCCAUUUUUUGUCAGAACUGCGGUGUUAGAGAGCAGCGAGGGCUUAAGAGAGCUUGUGUUCAUCCAUAUAAAACAUCCGUGUGCAUCUCUGCCACUUCUUAUCAUUGGUUUCAUUUUUUUUCUAUCUCAGCUGCUUACAUUCUUGUUAGAUAGUUUUUACAUCCUAACAGUAAUUAAAACAUCAAAUAAUAUUUUUAGCUUGCAGCUAUUGUUACCCAGCCACCUUCUGAAAGGAACAGAGGAAGGAAGGUUCUGCCAUCACCGGUUGCACAAUACGCUCUAGACCGUGGGUUCCCAAAGGAUCUAAUCUUUGCACCAGAGCGAGCUGGUGACGUAAGAUUGUAUUUCAUUGCUGUUUUAUUUGUUAUUCCAUGUAUUUGUCAUGGUAUAUGCCAAAUACAUGCAAGAUAUAAUUGGUUAAAGUGUGUUAUUUUAGAAACUUGGUGAUGCAACUGGUUGUUGGCCAGGCACAGUGAGAAUUACAAUGUAUGGUUUCAGUGAAUCAUGCUAGGAUUUUCAUACUAACGAUGGGAUAAUAAAAAAUCAUGUCUCCACUCUCACAAUUCUGCCAAAGGAGAAUUUGACAGAUGUUUGGUGUUGGUUUAGCCAAGUUCUCUUCUCUUGUCAGACCAACAGCUGCUUGUAAAAAAAUAGUCCGUGAGGUCAAAAUGCUCUUUUAGUUUUAUUUUAAAUAUAGCAUGUCUUUUAUUUUGGUGUCAUCUUCUAGCCCUCAUAAUCUUUGUUUCCUUUUGAAUGUGUUUUUUUUAUCUCAAUUUCUCUUUCUAUACCCUGCUUACAUGUCACCAGGUUCUCAUCUUAUUGGGCAUCACAUGUUAUGCAUUUCAUUAUUCUUGCAUCUUUUCUCACGUAUGGCAUGAAUUUUCAAAUGCUACCGUACUUUCACGGGAAGGGAUAAUAAAAAUGGGCUGUGCGAGAUAUAAAUUGAACAGAAGAAUUUAAAUUUUAACAUAGCUAUGUUUUAAUGAAGAUGUACACUUCCUAAGCUUAUGGACGAAUAUUUCACACUAGAUUCUCCUAUCAAUACAUCUAUCUUCGUAUCUCAACCAAUCAGGUCUUUUAACAUCCGAAAUUAGAAUGCUUGAUCGGAGUUCUUUAGUUUGGCUUACACAACAACGGUUCAGCAAAGUUUGAUUAAGCCCUUGCUGAUGGAUUACAUAGGCAACAUUGUGAGCAAAAGUGAAAUUCAACUUUUAAGCCUGUUCUUAGAGAUGGCUUAGUGAUUUGAUGAUUAGAAAACCACUUCUAGAGAUAAACUUCCAGACAAACUUGGUUUUUUGCAAGAGAAAGGAAGACCACACGUUUUGCAAGGAAACAAAGUUAUUUGACAGUGGAAGGUGAUUCUCAAUGUUACAAUACAGAACUGGGGUGGUGAACGUAAAUGGUUUUCCAUGGCUUUUGUCUGCAUUUGACACUUGAAUUUUGUAGCGAUUAUCCAUAGGGUAGUUAAUCUUCCAUGGCAUGGUACCGUUUAACUGAGGUGUUCUCCGUUUUGCUUGAUGACCAGUAGCUCACCUAACUUUUAAAUGUAUGUCAUGUGGAUCUCAAGUGUGUAGGAAUCAUGAUUUGUUGAGAUGGUAUGAAUUUAUCUAAAUAUUGCAGUUUUUCAUUGCUCCAAUCCCUAGUAUGUAUUAUAUUGUUUUUUUUUGCGUCACAUUGAAGCAGGUUAGGAAAUUGCAAAAAACUUCUUAGUAUAGACUCAUAUAAAUUGGAGCUGACUCCUUGCACGUCUCAGUCAGUUCGGCAUGUUUCUUUUUCAACUAUCCUGAGUCUGAAUGCAAUACUGAUCAGCUAACUGUGGUCAAAACAUUCUGCUUUAAUUUUGCAAUGUGUAGAACUCAAUCAGGAAUAUUUUCUGUCGUAAAUUCCACUGUUCUUAGAAGUGGACCGUUUCUAUAUGAGAGAAGUAUUUAUUUUCUAAUUAAUUUUCUCUAUAGUGUAUAGAUGGUCUGGGGUUGAGAUAAAUCCUUUUCUAUAUGUUUCUUAUUAUGCAGGAACGUUUCUUGGCCGAUUUCAAAGCUCUGAAACCAGAAAUUUGUGUUACAGCAGCAUAUGGAAAUAUUUUACCUAACAAAUUUCUUGAAAUUCCACAGUGUGGUUAGUAAAAUUGCCAUUGGUUAUGCUAGAAAUAUUUAAGCUCAUAAGUUGCUAUAAAUUUUCUUUUUAAAAGUUCUGACCUGUUGUACAUUGGCACGAAGUAUGCAAUGUUUUAGUGCAACUUCACAUAACAUAGUGUUUUCCAACACUAUAAUAUUCAAACAUUUUGUUCCCUAAAAUGUGGUCUGUGAUCAUAGAUGCAUGUUGACAGAUCAUAUAGGCUGAUCUGAUACUCUUCAUAUUCGGAAUUUUAUUUUGUGAUAAAUUUUAAAGUGAAAUUAUCUUCAGGUGUCGUCAAUAUACAUCCCAGCUUAUUGCCCCUUUAUCGUGGUGCAGCACCUGUGCAAAGAGCAUUACAGGUAUGUUAUCCUGCACCUAUAAAUUCUUUUCACCGCCCAACUUUUGUUCUUGCACUUAUAAAUUCCAAUAUGGAUUCUUUAAAUUUGUUGAAUUAGGAUGGAGUGAAGGAAACGGGGGUAUCACUGGCAUAUACAGUUCGUGCACUAGAUGCUGGACCAAUCAUUGGUUAUGAAAAAGUAGAAGUUGAUGAUCACAUAAAGGUAAGCGUUAACCUUAUCAGGGACAUGGCUUAAAAAAUUUAUAUGCAAAUGAAUAUAAAGUUUGGGUAGUCCAAUUGAAAUUCUGUUAUCAGUAGAAUGAAAAUAUGCUUUUCUGGGUAGUCCAAGGAUCUUCAUAACUUGAUGCAUUUUAAUGGUCACUAUUUGUUGCUCAAUUUGUAGGCACCAGAGUUACUCGAAAUUCUAUUCAGUAAGGGUACGCAUCUUUACUCUAAAAUAUCUUGCAGCUGAAUUUCAUGAGCUUGAAUCGAUGUCUCGUUUUAUUUAUCUAUAAAACAUACAAAGCUUUGGCUUUUUGGCCAUGGGCCUGUGAUUGGUUAUUGCUCAUUGUGGAUCAGCUUUAAUCCAAAAAUCGUAGUAAAUUUUCUCUCUUCCAAUUGUUGUGGUUUGAUGCUAUUUGAGGUCAAGGUUCCAAUCGCUUAAUUGAUUUUGCAAAGAUUUUUUGCAUUGAACAGCGUUUAAAGAACCUUAAAUCAGUAGAAUUCGAGUCAAGGAAUAGAAAUGUCUAGAAAAAGAUGUUUUUGAGAGAUUAAUUUAACUGACAGAUCCACACGUUCAACUAAGAAUACUAUGUGGAAUUUUUUAACCUAGCUUUGUAUUUCUGGUUAGAGGCAUGAUGUUGAUUAACAUUCCUUGGGGAUAGGAAUUUUCUGUUCGUUAUAAGGUGAUGAUGAAUCAUGAUUUUAAGAACUAAUUUUUCUGGAAUGGCUGGUCCCAGCCCAUUUUCACCGGUUCUGGGGUUGGGUCUUAGUUGGCCUCUAAUAGAAACGUUGGAACUGGUAAAACAAAGCUGUAAUCGGUUGACAUUAGCUAGUUUCUCCUGAAAUCAGACUAAAUAGAAUGUGAAAUAGACCUUAAAGUCCAAGAAAAGAUUGAAUCUUGAACAUGUAAGUAAAACACUUGGGAAUUCUUGUAUCCACUAUGACUGAGAAACGAACAUCUCCCUAAAUCUACUGAGGAGAAUGAAAUAAAACUUGUACUAUGGAGAAAAACCUUCUCGUCUAGAGUGCAAGGCCUUUUAAGUUGGCGAAAAAUAGUUCUAAAUUAGCUAAAAAAUAGGAUAUGAUAAAGAAAAAGUUAAGAAAGGAACUCGUAAAAAUAGUAACUGGGGCUGCUAAAAUAACAGAUGUCCACGUGCUUGCGACUUUUUGUCUUACCGCGUUUCGUUGUAUUGGGCCUUUUGGACUGCUAUUUUCAGAUCGUCAACAUUUCAUUAUUUUGGACUUUUGGGGGGGCUUUCUCGGUUUCCUGUCAUGCCUUGAAAACUGUCAGAAAGAUGAAUAUUACCAUCAAAGUGAGGAAUUUGGUAGAUGAGCCAUUAGUUUGAGAUGUCAGUUGCUCUUAUUCUUCUUAAUCUUUACUUAAAUUUUUUCUCUGCCAAAGUUCCAAGUUAUUUUUUCUUAAUUAUUGAAAGGACUAAAGAAAUUGUAAAACAUCAAGAAUUAAGAGAUCAGCAUAUUCUCAGUUUAUUAGUAACCCAAGUGUGUUUUUUUAGGGCCGCUCUCCUUUUGUGGAAACGGUUUCUUCUUCAUCGCUGUUUGAACAAUUAUUCAUGCUAAAAGCACCCACUAGUCCCAGUCUUUGGUAGGUCCAAUUGGCCCAUUCCACUGUUCCUUCUCUCCUUCACAUGAGGAAGAGUUUCGUCUGAAUUAAGUUCGUCAAUUUCUCUUUAUUUUUCUUAUACUUGCUUCCCAAAUACCAUACAUUAUGAUGUUUAGUUUCCCAUUUUUUGUGCGAGGUUGAACCAUUCGAAUCAAAUUGGACAUUGCACGACCAUAAACUUCUGACUGUCUUUUCUCAAACUGAAAAUUUAUAUCACUUUUUCGUUUAUAUGCUUUCUUACUAUUUUUUGCUGAACUCUAUCUAAGAUAUUGUGGGGUGCGACGUUUCUUACUUCACUUUACAUUUUAAAAAAAAUAUACUGACAACAUCUGACUCAAAUACAUGUAUAUUAAUCUCUGUGAGGAAUUUCUAACAAUCAUUUUUUUUUUGUUGUUUUACUGCAUAUUUUGAUUGUUGCUUCAAGAAGUGAUGCCUCCUCUGUAUGUAUUAGUUCAUUCUUCUAAUUUGGUCCCUGUAGAACUUUUAAUUCCCAAUUUUCCAAUUGCUCUUCCUUUCGAAUUUUAUCCUGAAACAUCAUACACUGAAUCCUGGCACGUAUGACAUUUUUUAUGGUUUUUUAACUCACGAUUGGACUUCAGGAUCGGAAAUUUUGGUACGUGAAAUCCCCGCCAUUUCUGAUGGUUCGGCUAAGCUAAAAGCACAAGUUCAAGACGAUUCUGAAGCUACUUUGGCACCCAAGGUCUUUUUCCUUAACUGUGUACCGCACAUAUAUACAAUUGAUUAUAUUGCUCUAACUCUAACUUCGCCUCGCUUUUGGCCACGCUGCCUUGAAUAUACAGUUGUUUACUUGAAGAAAAGGGAGAAAACUUUACCUCGAUUAUAUGUCAUGAUCUAAAAGGGAGAAAACUUUCUUUGUCUGUGUUUACUGUAUUGGGUUAAGCAUUUGAAUUCUGGGCCAUUUGUAUGGUACGAACCUGGAUGAAGAAUGGAAUGAAAUGGGUUACACGUUUCAUUGUCCUGAGGUUGGGCUAAUAAUCAUUUGCUUGCUAAAAUAAUAGAUACUGGUCUUUCACUGACAACUUCACAACAUAGAAAUGUGGGAAUUAUUUUUAAAAUGAUUAAUCUAUUAGAGCACUUUCCCUUAUCGUAGGAUUCGUCUAAGAAACCUUGGAAACAUUUUUUUUCCUUACUAGUGACACGCAUUAGUCUAAAUGACUGAUCUAAUUCUGUGUUCAGCUCAAACCUGAGGAAUCAUGGCUAUCCUUUGAUGAAGAAGCUCGUGUUCUACACAAUAAGGUAAUAUUUAUUUUCUAUGUAGAUCUUUUUUCCACUGAUACACAAAAACGACUUCUUUAGGUCCGGGCAUUCUCAGGGUGGCCAGGAACUCGAGCCAAACUUCAGGUCCAUGACAGUAAUGGCUCUGCAAAAAUCAUAGAGUUCAAGAUCAUCACAACCAGAUUUAUCAGUUCUUGCAACACUGAAGACGACGAGAAUGAAAUAAGAUUCAACAAGGGGGCAUUGAUGAUACCAUGCCCAGGGCCAUCAGUGCUUGAGGUAUGCUUGUUUUCCAUCACUUGCUGCGUCCAAAAGCACAAAGCAUCUCUCUCUCUCUCUGUGUAUAUAUAUAUUGAUCUUAAGCUUGUUUCAAUGCAGGUUCUGGAGAUACAGCUACCUGGAAAGAAAGUAAUGACCGCGAAUGACUUUUGGAAUGGCUUAAGAGGCCAGAAGCUGAAGAAGUUGAUAUGCUAG